GUUAUUUCUGGCUGCACAAGCAAUUGGGACUGGCAGGAUGGGAGCUUGCUAGAUGGAAGGACUGUAAAGAUUUACAGAAUCCAGAAGAGUUACAAAACCUUUGCUAAUGUUUAUCACAGCCUCUCAUUGUAGCCUCCAGGUAUAGACUGUGGGGAAAAAAAUGUCCAGUCUUGGAGAAGAUAGUCUGUAAUGACUUUGCUUCUAACCUCAGGCUCUUUCUCAAGAACUGAAUGGCUUGGUUUCCACCACAGGAUUCUGUGAGGGCAGCUACUAAGUUUGUUCCCGUUUCCCAGCUGGAACACCAGAAGAGUAACUUUCAGCAUAAACUCGUACCUGGCAAAGAGCAAGGUUUAAAGGAUCUCUGUGCCUGCAAGAGCCAAAGAUAUUCCUAUUCUCUUGCCCCAGAAAACAGUCAAUACAGAUCCAGGUACAGAGAUUCCUGUUUAGGUGGACUGCAGGACACCAGCCAGACCAGGACUCCACCGUCUAGAUCAGUAGCCAGGCAGAAAGAAGGAGUGGGUGCGUAUCCCCUGAAACCAAUUGUUCACCAGCAGGGUAUGAGUGUUCGAGUGGUCAGCACAGCACGGUUUGGAAGUGCCCCAUACAUGGAGGAAGCUGCAAACACCAGCCCUAGCUCAAUGAGCAAAGGGAGGUAUCAGCCACCUGCAGUGCUCUCUCCUUGGCCAGCAGAACCUGAACAGUCAGCCUCCUCAUACAGGGGGCAGCUGCCCUACAUCCAAAAGUUAGAGGCAGAUGGACGGAAGCUGGAAAAAGAAAUCCAAAAGCAAAAGGCCCUCCUCAGAGAGAAGCUGGAGAGAGCAAAGGAGUCGCUUAGGAGGAUUCAAAGAGAGAAAGAGCAUCCUGAGAUGAGAAGGUACCCAGAAGUGGAGAGGAUCCAUAAGCAAAUGACUACAAAGUACCCUGAAGAGAAAAUCUUCAGAGGUGCAGCCAGGCCGGAUGAUGGGGUCUUGCAUGGGGCGCGGUCUGCAGAGGCUGUUGUCCUCAAGCCUGGCACCACCCUCUGCCCCCAGGAGCUGGCAAUGGGGAAACACAAGGAGGAGAGGCUGGUAGCCAGCAACAGCAAAAUUCAAGGCCACAUACCAAUGGCUUGCUCAAAGACAGCCCCGAAAUGUGGCUUUUCUCCCUCUGCCAUCUCAGAGCAAGUUUCUGGUAACCAUCCGUCCACAAAGGUACUAUGCAAGCAGGCUGGCAGUGCUGAGGAGCAGGGGAAGCUUGGACAGCGCAGCAUCUGUGGACGUAACUUCCUCUGCAUCAGGCCUGAGAAGCAUAGAAGUAUCUGCAGCAAAAUCCAAGGCUCCAGGAGGAAAGUGUUUAACUCCAGCAAGGCUAGAGCCAAGGGCACAGAACUGGAAAAGUAUCAGAAGCUGAAGGACUUGGAGGGGCCUGAGGUAACAUGCAGUCCUUUUGCCUCCCUUGAUCCACACCUACUGCUCCCAUUCCUUCUACCUCAGUAUCUAAUCCUGAUGAGAGGUGUACUCCUGCAGAAAGCUCAUUCCUUGCUGUAG